GUCCAUGAAACUAAACAUGCUCAUUCUCUUCACUCUCCUCAUUGCCUUGCCCAAGUCAUCUUCCACCAAUCUAGACCCAUUUAAAUAUGCCUGCCAAACUGGUAGUCCUGAGGAAUGCAAGAAAGCCUCCUUUGUGCCCGGUCACACAUUACUGGGACAAGGCCUAGACAUAGUGACCAUGAAGAAGACUGGCGCCUUUCUCGUUGACAUGCAGACAUAUCAAAUGCCCAACAAUACAUGCACCUUGUGUGAGAACCCAUACAAUAAAAAAAUCUUGGAGAAACUGCCAAUAUCCAUGUUAGACUGGACACCUCAGUCUUCUUGCAUCAGAAACAUUGAUAGUAGCUUAAUGAGGUCCAAGGUGUCUUUGGCUAACAAAGAAGCUUCUAAUGUUCAGAACGACUGGAAAGUGGGUUUAGAUAUACCAAUCAAUAUUGCGAAACUGCAUACAGCCCUGGCUGGGUCUCACUCAAGGUUGGCUGAGUUUGCUGAGAGAAAAACCAUUACUGACCAAUACAGCUUCCUCUCCCACGAGCUCAGCUGUGCCUUCUACAGAUUCCGUCUGUCUUUGGACCCACCACCUACCCAGGAUUUUACCAAGUCUCUGCAGCAACUCCCUGAUUUAUAUAAUGAGAAAACCAAGGAAGAGUACAGGAAGCUGAUAGCUAAGUAUGGAACCCAUUAUAUUGAGAAGGCAGAGGUAGGAGGCAAAGCCUCCGAGUUGACUGCUCUCAGGACCUGCCAGGUGGCCAUGGAAGGCAUGACAUUGGAUGAAGUGAAGGACUGUCUAGCUGUUGAGGCAAAGGUCUGUGUGGGUUUGGAAACAAACGACAUUUCCAUCAACAGUAAGAUCGAAAGGUGCAAAGAAAUUGCAAGAACCUCCAAGCGUGGAGACAAAUUUCAUACAACCUUCAAUGAAAGGACCUGGGAGGUGAAAGGAGGAAAAAUAAAAUAUGAUCUUCUUAACACAGAGGGAGGAAAGAAGGAAUUUGAUAAAUGGAUGGAGAGUCUUAAAACUGACCCAGAUCUGCUGACUUAUUCUGUAGAGCCCAUUCACAACCUAGUGAGAGUCAAUGGGCCUAAAAAAGGAAACCUCAGAAUUGCAGUUAUGUCACAGGGAAAUAAUAACCACAUUGUGUGA